CCCCCGAGCCACCGAGAGUGUCGCGCCGCCCCCUCCCAAGCGACGGACCAGAGCGCCCAAGGCUCAGGUCGCGCGGCCGGCGCAAGGCUGCUCCCCCGAUCCGGACUCCAGAUCCAGGAAGAGAAGGCCCCACCGCGGCUCCUGGUCUCCGUCGCAGCGCCCCAGGCCUGCUGGACCUGCCCCCCCCCCCCCCCGGAGCGACGGAUUUUGCUGUUCCGGCGGCUCGCAGCUCCGGCCUCACCCGCGACCUUCUCUCCGGCCGGCGGCCCAGCUGCGUCGAUCUUGGAUGUCGCAUCCAAGAAUCUGAAUUAAGACGAAGUUUAGCGUGAUGCCUUUCCUGAGAUUGUUACCUCAAAGACUACCCCGACUUAUCAGGCAAGUGGAGCAAGAUGUUGAGACUGUAAUCCAUGUUCUCCAGCCAGGUACAAUAGGAAUUGUGGAGCACAAAUUCACAGACGUGGAGAUCCUGGAGGCUAGGGCCACAGUAAAAAGAGCAGUAGAUAAUUGGCGAAGGAACUGGGCCCUUGAGAGAAAUCUUGGCAGCACUUCUUUUGAUAAAUGGAAGAAGUAAUAUACCCCUCAUGACUCUCAGCUGCAGUAUCUGAAAUAAUAGGAUGCCAUUGCUGGAUGCAACCUUUGCCAUUCAAUAGUUGAUUUUUUUUCUCCCUUGAUGAAUUCAUGGAACUGUGGAAUACUUCAUGUUCCUAUCUGUGACUGUGUGACAUGUUGCUGUGAACAAGGUUUGAUUAUCGAGAGUUUUGUAGAUUGUUCUAAUCUCUGAAACUCUCUGCAGGUGCUCUUUGAUGUCUGUCUGUGUAAUGCAUUUUUUUCCACCAUACUUAUCUA